AUGUCAGCCAUAAGAAAUGCCUCUUGCCGAAUGAGACGAGAGUUACCAACCAACUGGUCAAGGCACCUUUCAUUGAAUCGACCCAUGACAACAACCCAAUUGCAGGCAGAGGCAGCAACGGUUACUACUACUACUACUACUGUCAAUCAUGAGAGCCGCCCAUUACAGCAACAAACACAAGCUCAAGUUGAGAUUACACCACAGCCCACCAAAGCCGAGUUGGACGAGCUUUUUAACAGCAUGCCUCCUCUAUCUUAUCCAAAGCAUUUCAAAGUGGAAUGUUUAUCCAACCCUGAAACCAUCAACAAGCGUAUUGCAGAGCUCGUGUGCCAGGGCGACACUUUUUAUGGAUUCGAUAUGGAAUGGCAACCACAAUUCAGGCGUGGUGCCAAGGAGAACAAAACAGCACUCAUCCAAAUAUGCGGCAAAGAUACCAUUCUACUCUUACAAGUACUACGUCUCCCAUAUCUACCAUCUCAGCUUGUCCGAUUCUUGAAAACAAAAACCUUAUUGAAAUCUGGUGUGAAUAUCCGAGGCGAUGGUCGCAAAUUGGCACGGGAUUUCAAGGUGGAAUGCAAUGCCUUCGUAGACUUGGAUCGGAUAUGCGCAUUUCUUUAUCCUCAAAAGCCAACUCGUUCAUUACGGGCACUCACCGGCUACUUUCUUGAAAUGAAUAUGAGCAAGAAGAAAAAGGUUCAAUGCAGUAAUUGGAGUAGGCUCAGCUUGACACCUGCGCAAGUGAAAUAUGCUGCAAAUGACGCCUAUGCAUCUUAUGCAAUCAUGAGCAUUUUCCAUAAACAGCUGCUGGCCGCUGGAAAGUCAAUCACUGAUUUUGUACAACAUCAUGUCCAUCAACCACCAUCAUCUCAGCAUAAGACAAAAGAAAACAUUGUAAUAGAACAAGAACAGCGACAGGAACAAAAAGUCGUCACCCAACAACCAACAACAACCUCCUCCUCCUCUUCUACAGGAUUCCCUACGAGCACCACUACGAUUAUUCGCAAAACAACCACAUCCAAAGUUACAUUUUCCCAUUCUCGCCUACAUAGCAACAAUAGCAACAGCAUCCAAAAAGCCUCCUCUCCACGACGACGUGAAAUAGGCCAUCAUCAAAAUACAACAACACCCAAUAAACCUAAAAAGUAA